UAUCUCCCUUAUUUAUAAUCAACCAUUGGUUUUUUAAAACCUUUUUUUGCAGGUGCGCGAAAAAAUUGACGACGACGUAGAAUAAAACAAUUUCAGAUUCUCAGAGACAGAAAUGUGAUAGAACUUUUUGCCAGUGUGGAGAAAUAAGAUGGCAAAAAUGAGCCUAACUGUGAUAUUUACUUUAUUUUCAUCAUUCCUUGCCUCAGCAGUGCACUGUAGUCCCACCAUUAUAACCACCCAAACAUCUCCAAUACAGAAACAGAAAUCAGUUGGUGAUACAGUAUGGAUGUUAUGUCAGAUCAAAGAUCUUAAUAAUCAAGUUGUGCUAUGGAAAUUUGUUGACCACAAUAAGUUCAUUGCAAGGGGAGACAAGUUACAAGUCAGCGACGUAAAUCAUUAUAAAAUAGAGGUUCUACAAGGAGAGACUCCAGAUCCACGUGCUUCCUAUAUUCUCCAUAUAUUUAAUUUAAAAACAGCUGAUCAAGGAUUUUAUGAGUGUUCUGUUGAUAAAACAAACCAGACUUUAACAUACCAGCUUCAGAUAACAGAAGCUCCAACAUUGCCACCCCCACCUGCUGUACAUAGUUAUAACUUUACAGAUUGCUGUGUCAAAGAGGGAGUGUCAUCUGCCUGCCAGCCUGUAUGUGAUCCCUUUAAUCAGCUAUUACCAGCCAACUUUGACCCAUUGAUUGCAUGUGCAUUGGAUCUUCCUAAACUUCUGAAAUGUGGAUCUGAUGGCAAAAACCAUGCUCCUUGUUGUAAGAGGAGACUUCUUCCAGACAUAUGCCAGGAUUUUUGUUUGGGGAAAGUUCCAUCUAACUUAGAAGAUCCUCAUCUGGAAUGUAUAAACAAAACAAUGGAUAUUAUAGAAUGUUACGAGGAAGGCCAAAAUGUGUUGCCUUUACCACCAACAUCAAUAUCAACUGUAGCAAAUGCUAAUGGAUUUGUUGUGAACUGGCAGCCACCAAUAAAGAAUAAAGAUUUGAUUAAAGGCUUUUACAUCCAUUACAGAUUGUCAGCAGAUUCUACUUACAAAACUAGCCAGAAAAUUAAAAGAGAAAUGACAUCAUCUUCAAUAGGUGGAUUAUUGUCUAACAAGAUCUACGUUAUCUAUAUGUCAUCAUUCUCAGAGUAUGGAUCUAGUCAACCGUCAGAAUUAAUUACCCAGGCAACCUUAGGAGGCCAAACACCUAUAGAACAGAACUAUAAUAUACAAGUUUGUUGUGACAAGGCAAAGAUACCAACGAAUUGUAAACAGAGUCUGUGUAAAAGUAAUGUGUUUGAAGACCUUGACCCUGCAGUAAUCUUCAGUUGCUAUGGAUACCUGGAUGAGAUGAUGAAAUGUGUUACAGGGGAGAGAAACCACACAGGCUGUUGUCAAAGAAAUGGUAUUUCUGAUGAAUGUCUUGGAUUUUGCUCAGGAAAUAUGCCUUCAUUAGACAAUAACUUAUCCAAGUGUAUGAUUAAGUUACCAUUAAUAGAAGCAUGUGUCAGAGAAGGACUUGCAACCAUUCCAGGUCCUCCUGGGAAUAUUAAGUUGACUGAGGUAACUACAACCACUGCAACACUAAGCUGGGAUCCACCAAGUACUAGCGCCAAUGUAACUCAGUACAUUGUUUCUUACCUUGAACAUAGUCUGAGGGAUAGAGUGAAAACACCAAAUCAGAAUACUACAGACAAUACUACAAUCCAGCUGACUGGGCUGACCCCAAACACAGAAUAUGACCUUACAAUUAUAUCAGCUAAUGAUGCAGGACAGAGUUUGAUGUCACCAGACAUUGCAUUUCUCACUUUUGAUAUAUUACCUUCAGCACUUCCUAUAACACCUUCACCAGGACCUAUUUUGCCUUAUAACCUGACUGAAUGCUGUAUACAGAAAAGCCUUAGAAAAGAUUGUUUGAAAUUAUGCAACUAUGAUUUUAUAAUUAGUGCUUCUACUACAGACUUGUAUACUAUAGCACUGGCAUGCAGUAAUGAUUUUGAUAAAGUGAUAUCAUGUGGUGCAGAUGGUAGAGACCACACCCAGUGUUGUAGAGAGAGACAGAUUCCAAAGAACUGUCUCAAUGUGUGUAAAGGAGAUAUGAAUAAUGCAGAUAUUUUGUGUGCAUUCCAGGCACCACAAAUUACUCAGUGCUUUGUAGAAGGCAUAGUUGAUCAGCCAAGACCUCCAUCUAAUGUAAGGAUAGCUCAGAUAACAGGACACACUGUCACUGUGUCAUGGUCUCCUCCUACAGGUGGACCAAAGGCUGAAUCUUAUUAUGUCUAUUAUAACAUUCCUAUGAAGACAGAGUUACAACAGGAUAACAAAAUAAUGACAAACAAGACCACAUAUAUUCUACAGAACUUAGACCGUGGAUAUACCUAUGAUAUUUAUAUAGUGUCUGCUAACUCUGAAGGAUUCAGUAUACCAAGUCCUUCUUUAUCUGCAUUUAUAGCACCUGAUGAUCAUUCAUUCAAUUGCAGUGAUGACUUUACGAAGCAUUCAAACCACAGCAUUGACCUUAAAUCAGUUUUAUCAGUAAAGAAGUUCACUCAAACAACAGUGGCCAUUUGUAAGGAGAAGUGUCUAGCAGCAUCCCAAGGAGAUCAGUGUACAGGGUUUAGCUUUAAUACUUCUACAUGUUUACUGGUCAUAGGAAAGCAUGGAAACAUUGGACAAGAGGACUGGACAGAUUUCUAUUCCAGGAACUGUGAUUUCAAGACACUGAUUCAGAUACCAAAGCCAAAUAUAACUAGAAAUCAGUCCUGGACAAAUCAACAAGAGUGCUGUACCAAUCAUAACAUCAGUGACAGUUGUAUGCCCUUCUGUCAGACAGGAAAUGCAUUCUCUAAUCCAGCUACAUGUGGCAAUGAGUUCUCUACUGUUGUUGCUUGUGCAUCAGAUGGAAAAAAUCAUUCAUCAUGUUGCCAACAAGCUGGUGUACCUAGAAGUUGUCUGCCAUAUUGCUGGGGAGCUGUGAUGGAUAAGGACCAUCCUGUUGCACAGCUAUGUCUUAGUUAUACCAGAAUGUUUGUCACUUGUUUUACCAAAGGAGCAAGAACUAUUCCAUCAAUGGUAAAAGGAUUUAGUGCAAUAGACAUUCAAGCAACCUAUGUAGUACUGUCAUGGAUGAAACCAGACCAGAACUGUAAUGGGUCAGACUGUAGAUAUGAUGUUCAAUGGCUAUCAAACAGCCAAUCAAAUACCAAGUAUGCAUUGGAUACAACUACAGCAAAUAUAACCAAUCUCCAGCCAGAAAGUGACUACCACAUAACUGUUUCUGCAACCAAUCAGUUUGGUAGUAGUUUACCAUCACCUAUGUUAAAUGUCAGAACCAGACCUAUUUAUAAAUUUGAAGUGAACUUCUAUAUCCGACCUCAUAAGGUUAUAGAUUCGGGAAGUGCAGUAAGACUAUUAUGUGAAGUGUUUGGUGCACCAGAAGCUACUGUGUCAAUAUCCUUCAAAACUAAAGUCAAAACUACUGACAGAGAGUUUGACAUUGAUUCAGUCAGUAAAGACGAUGCAGGAGAGUAUACAUGUACUGUCAAACAGACACCUAAUGCUGUCGAUACGGUGGUCAAAACAUUACAACUUAUGGUCAGAUACAAACCUGAAGUUUUGCAUGUAUUUGGUGCCCAUGUAGAACCAGAUGCAGCAAAGACGGCUUAUCUGAAAUGUAUAUUUAAUGGUCUACCACUGCAAGUGACAUGGAAAAAGGAUGAGAAACCUGUCCCAGUAAGGUAUCCCACUACAACACAUGUUGUAUUCAAUGCUGAUGGAACCAUGUCAGACACACUACAGAUCCACAAUGUACGUUCAGAGAUGUUUGGUAUAUACCAAUGUAAUGGUACAAACAAGUUUGGAUAUGCUGUUGGACAAUUGAAACUACAGAGUGACUAUAUUCCUCCUACUCCUCCAAGUCCUCCUACUCCAGUGGCUGGAAAUGUAACAGAUUGUUGUAGAAGAGGUGGUGUUAGAGGUGUUUGUAUGGAGUUCUGUGAUUUUACAUUAGACUUUGCUGUCAUUUCUGAAGAUAAAUAUGCUGAAUGUUUACAACUUCUACCAGUUUUUGCUAGCUGUGCUGCAGAUGGAAAAGACCAUAGUGAGUGUUGUGGUAAACGAGGUAUAAAGCCCUACUGUAAGACUUUUUGUAGCGGUUCCACACCAGAUUUGUCAGAUAUAGUAUCACUAUUAACCUGUGUUGAUGAGGCUACAGAUAUUAUGGAAUGUAUAGAACAAGGAAGAAUUCUUAUUCCAUAUGCACCUGGGAAUGUUCGAGCUGUUCAAGAUAGUGAUAGGAUCCAUGUUUACUGGGACGCACCAAAAUAUGGUACUGCAGAAGUGACUGAAUAUGAUAUCUACUACAACAGUUCCAGGGACGCCACCGUGCAACACAUCACUGUUGAUAAAACAAUAACGAAUAUCAAAUCAAUAAAGAUACCAAAAGAAAGCAAUGGUAUUUCAUAUUACAUCUGGGUAACUGCAGGUAACUCUCAUGGAAACAGUUUACCAGCAGGACCUGGUGCUCCACUUACCAUAUCAGAUUUUCUACCGCUAGCACCAAAAGAUCUGCAGGCUGGAGCUAUAACUGGGAAUACAAUAGAACUGACAUGGACUGCUCCAGAGUAUAUUUCUAACAUAGCUGAUUAUGUUAUCUUUUAUAAAAUUGGAAUAGAAAAUAAAAUCCCAAAAGAAUUAGUAGUGCCAGUUAAAUCAACUAAAACCACAUUGCGAUUACUGUCUCUUAGUACUGAAUAUGAAAUAUAUGUUGCUGGAAGAACAAAGAUAAAUGGUAUAGGAGACAAGUCCAAUGUUAUCAGGGUUAAGACAGAUAGUAAAGUUCAUGUCACAGAUAGGAGGGACGAGGGUGAGCAAGUAGAUUCUGGAAGUAGUGGUGGUGUGUUAGCUGCAGUAAUUAUCAUCAUACUGGUCUUGGUGGGAGCUGCAGUUGCUGGUGUUCUAUAUUACAGGAGAAGGAAUCGUCAUAGAUUUUCUGAAGCUGUUACUUUUGAGAAUCCACAAUACGGUUCAGCUCAUGACUCGCAAAUAAAGAUAUCGGGACUACCAACAGAUUCGACUGAAGACAAUCCGUUUGGAUAUUCUACUCUUCAGGAAGAAAGAGAAUUCAAUUCUCCUAUGUUAGAUGUGGAUCAUGUUGAGUUUAAACCAAGAAAAUAGUUAUUCCAGAAGAUCUGUUUCAUUUGAAAGGUUCUGUGAUCCUAUACAACAGUUAACUCAUUGCGUUUGUACGACAUUAUAAAGUGUCACAAAAUUCCCAUCAUGUGUUUGUACGACAUGAUAACAUGUCACAUAAUUCCCACAAUGUGUUUGUACAACAUGAUAACGUGUCACAUAAUUCCCACCAAACAUCAUAUCACAUCAUUUGUAAAUUGUUACAUCUCACCAACAUACAAUCAAAUUUUGUUUUUGAUUAUAUAUUUUUCUAACAUAACUUUAGCAUGUUUCUAUAAAAAUUGGAUAACAAAUAUGAGACAGAUUUCUAUAGCCCUUUCCUCCAUUGACAUUUACUUGAUUGGCAUAGGAUUUUUUCAAUAAAAAAAAAUCAUCAGGUUUAAAGUAUUAAUGCAUUGCAAAAAGGAAUAUUUCAUCAAUGGAAUUCCGGUCAGAUAUUCUCUUGAAUAUCCUUUUUAUAUUAGAGACAAAUUUUAAUAAGUCUGAUACUGAUUUUGUAGAUCAGAUGUUUCAACUGAGGCACUACACAGGCGUCAAAAGGGGUCGUUAUGGAGUAAUGGGGUGGUGUCAAAAAGCAUCAUUAUGGAGGAAAAGGUUAAUUGAUGUGAACAUGCUAAAAGUAUUUUGUAUUAUUAAAAAAAAUAACAUUCCUGAAUUCUUGUCUUGAAGUAUCCCAAUUUAAUUCUAUUAUAAGUAAUAAAAAAAAAUAGAAAUUAGUUUCAAAAUGCUGUUUAUUGAAGCAUACCAUUCACUUUUAAAAUAUUUUAAUAUUGACAA